GGACAGGCGAAGGAAAAAUGGUUCCGAUGUAGAGGAUGGAGAAAUGAGAAGUCACAACAAUCGUUUGUGAUUUUGAGCGGUUGUAGGGUGGUUACUACAUGUAGCAUGGAUGGCUAUUGUCAGAGAUGGAAAAAAAAGUAAAAAUCAAAAAGGCAGGUUGUAAACCUACUAAAGUCCGAUCCAAGAUAAAAACACCAUCACCAAUUUUAGAACCAGGGUCAUUAGCUGGUUCUCACCGACACCUGAGUUCCAGUUUCUCUAUGUUUCCAACAGGUGACAUGACUUCGACUAACUUACCUACUCAAAUGGAAGAUCAAAGUCUUUAUUUUCAAGAUUUACCAGAAGCCUGUAAGCUGAAAGUUUUUUCUUAUUUGGAAAACGUUGAGAAAGGGAAAUAUUCAAGUGUCUGUAAAGAUUGGGCAUUUUUGAUGAAAAGUCCACGACUAUGGAAUCAUGUUUCACUGUCCGACUUUACGCUUGGUUGUCUCUGUACUCACAAGUGUACUUCUGAAUGCUAUAAAAAAUACAAGUCACGAGUUUUUCAUUUUAUACAAUAUUUGUGUCAGAUUCGACCUGUACUUAACAGUUUAGAAUUUAAAUUAGAUAUUUAUAAUCCCAGUGAUAAGUACCUGCCGCAAAUUGAGAAUUUCUUACGAAUGUCACAGUGUCGUGAGUUGAAUUACGCUCAUCUAAAUUGGAAGGAAACUCCCAACCAGCCAUUAUGGCUGGAAGAAGAUUGUUUAUAUCGUGAAUCAGAUGUUAUCCAUCGUCAUCGUCUACGACAUAGAAAGUUUGUUUGGUUUUUUGACUUUUUCACAAAUAUAGCUUCGAAUUUGAGAACACUUAUUAUGCCAUUUGGAUGGUCAGAAACGAGUGUUGAGCAUUUGAAAAGGUUGAAAAAUCUUCAUACGUUGGUUUUAGAGAAGUAUUUUGUUUUUCAAGGAUUGAAUCAAGCACUUUUAGAUCGUGUUUUAGGAAACCUGCCUAGUUUGAAACAGUUAUUGUUAGAGGUUUGGACACCAAGUGGAGCUGGACUCCUCUUUUAUACGUUAUCAUCUCCAUCCUUGCAAUAUUUAGACAUUUCUCAGAGUCGUGGUUUCUACCUCAGUGGAUUGAACAUGCCAGCUCUGAAACGGUUUUGUGUGGCACGUCAUCCGUGGAAUGGACCAGUUGUUGCUUGUGAUAAAAUCAGCAUACCUUGUCUUUACGGGGUUCUGAUCCAGGGCACACCCCAUUUGGAAAAGAUAAAUGAUCAUUAUUUAGAUGUGAACUGGAAAGAUGGUAUUUAUGUUACCUUAGAAGAAGUUUUUAAAGCUGUGUGUGCAUGUAAACUUCAUAAACGUGGCUGGGCCAUGUGAACAAUUGGCAGCUUUUUACUCAUUUAGACUGCUGUUGUCUGGAUGCGUGAGCCACGAGUCACAAAUGUUUACUAAAACUCUGUUUAGAAUUUAUUAUUUAGUUUUUAUAAUUGUCAUUGUCAUAAGAAAAUAAUAUAGUUUAAAUUAAUGCACUUGAAAUAGUAAAUCAUACAUACAUAUAUACUGAGUCACACCAUUUGGGAAUUCAACUUCUGUAUGUUCUUCAUACUACAUGUAUAUAACAUAACAGUAUUUAUUUAUCAAACACAAUUAAUGUAUAAGGUACAGUACAUGGACAUGCAUUGGAUGCUCCUUCAAAUGUUAAAUUUGGCUAAAGGUAGCCAUUUGCAGAAAAGGCACUUCACAAAUUUGGUUCAAUUUUAACACCAAAACCACAAUCUGUACUCUUUUUAUCAAUGCACAGAUUAACAAUAAAACAUCAGAUUAAUUAGUAAAUUUAUACACUAUUUGAGAACCAUUCAUCAAUAACUUAGCAGAGUAUGCGUUCAAUUUUAAUUCCCAAAUGGUAUACCUCAUAGUUAGAUAGUCAUUACAUGUUAUUAAAAAUUCAUCAUUUAGCAUGUUGUAUAUUUGAAGUAUAUCAUACAUUGAAAUCUGUAUAAAUAAACUGACGUCUAUUUAAAGAUACUACCAGAGGUAUGUACAAUGAAUAAAACCAAUAUCUCCACUAUCUAAUGAUAUAUAAACUGUUUCUGAGAAAACCAAUAUCUCUUAUUAUUACUAUUACAUCCAACAUAAAAAUAAAUAAUUUGUAACCCCAAGAGCUUGUGUUAAAAUAUUCAGGAAACCCAAGAUCUUUCAAAACCAAGAUUUAUAAAUAGUUGUGUCAUUCAGGUAUCUGAAGUUUGUUCAAGUUUCAUUGAUGUAUAGAUAUAAAUCUAUUGUCUUAAUACAUAACUCAUGCCGUGUUCAUGCACUUUAACAGAUAAUUUAAUAUAAUUAAAAGUGAUAAUUGUUUACAAUUUACAAUAAGCUGACAAAAUAUUCAUAUGAAACAAAUCAGUCAGAUGUCUAUCUUAAACAAUUAACCGGGGGUGAAAGGUGGAGAAGAACUCACCCCCAUGCAGUUUUUCACUUCAUUAUGGUUGGAUUACAGAUUACUGUUCUCUUUUGCAAAUGGGAGCAAGAUUAGCAUUGCUCAAUUUCAGACAGAAUCACUUGGUGAUAACAUAAAUAUUAUACACCUUGCCUGUGGAAGAUGAUACCAAUGGAGUACAAUGAAUUUAAUAAGUAACAGGUACUUUGACUUUGUCCAGAUAACUGACUGAUUUAAUUCAUUGUAGGUCCAUAAGAGUUACAUGUAAAAGCAGGAUUGUAGUUAUUGAAUUUGUUGCAAUAGAACAGGAUUGUAUUUUAUCACUUGAGACUUUGAAGUUUUGAGUAGUUACAUGUCAGAGGAACCAAUAAAAUUUAUUCUACACAGGGUUGAUACAUUUCAGUAUGCAAUCUGCUUAUCAAAAUAUCUGUCUGGUUUAUUGUUUCCAUUUACUGUAGAUUAGAAUAUCCAGGUGUGAUUCCCAACAGGAGCUGAAAUAAACCACCAAAAUUUAUAAAUUCAGGUUCAAAUUUACCCAAAUCCUACUCUUAAACUGUAUAUUAAGUGGUCAUAGAAAAUGAUGACUUAUUUAUUAGCUUCAAACUGACAUACCAUUACAAUGUUGAUCAGGAGUUACCCUAUGCCUUUCAGUGGUUUAGUAGUAGAACUUUAGAAGAAAAUAUUUACCUUUCAAUGAAAAGAAAUCGGUAGGGAUUGAGAGAAUUAAUCACAAAUUUCAGGACAGAAAUUAUUUACGUGAAUCUUCUUUUCUUUGUUGACAUUAUGUAGUUUUUAGUUUAUUAUUUUAUUUCUUAAUCUUAUUUUUUUAUAUAUUAUGAAUAUAUUAGAUUGUAUAUUUAAUGACUGUAAGUCGUAGGAGUAGAUUAGUUAUAUUGUUGUGUUGUUAUUAGAAGUGAUAAUAGAUCAUGUUUUCUAUUGUUUUGUACAAAUUAAUAUCGAUAGUUGAUAUAAAUAUGUAUUUAAUAUAUAGACCAGUUAUUAUGCCUAUUUUUGUGUCUUCUGGAUAGCAAUAAGAUAAUACAUGAGCGACUGGAAACGUGUUGGCGUAAGUUAUCUAAAUAUUCCAUUUGUACCCAUCUAUUAAAUAGUUCCGAAUUCAUUGGAAAAAUUAGAUCAAAUUUGAUUUGGUUACUGGAAAUUGAGAAAGUAGCUGAGAACGCUUUGGACAAAUAUUAAAAUUUAGUCCUACUGUACAGUGAUUUUCUGGAUCUGUUAAUUUCAGAUCAAUAUUUCUACUAAAUUAAGGUUUUCAUAUAAAAAUCGAAAUGCUGGGAUUGUUUGUCUAUUUUAAAUGCUGAUUAGAUUGAGUUGUUAAGAGAGAGGGAGACAAUAACUGGGUAUAAUAUUUGGUCUAAUAUAAAUAGUGAUAAUGACAAUAAUGGCUUAUAUGUGGUAACCAGUCACACCCAGCCAGUUAUUAAGUUACAAAAUAGCUGAAACCAAAAGGAACAAGCAAAUAUAUUAUUUCAUUAAACAAAAUCAAGACUGCUACAUUAAAUUCAAAUAUGAGUUGAGGCAAUAAUUUAUUAAUGGGAGUUUGUUUUACCAGAUUUUGUUUUAGCAUCAAUAUUCUUUAGUUACAUGUACCAUGGUGACUCUUCAGAUCCUUUUGUUGUUGUGUUAAUUUCUAAAAGUUUUAAAGAUAGAUCUGCUCAUAGUUAUGGUAAUCUGGUCAACUAUAAAACAAUUAUUUUUAAUAUAUUUCUUAUAAUCCAGAAAAUUAUGGGCAGAGAUUUGUAAACUCAAAAUAAAUGAAAUAGUAUUGAAAUCCUGUCCUGUUAUCUGCUUAGUCCUUAGUAUCUUGCACUACCUGCAGUGAUAGUACAUGUACCUUCAAAUUUGGAAUAGAAAAAACAUCCGGCCAAAAUAAUUACAAUAUUUUUGAACAACAAAUCUAUCUUUCUAGGUAAUUUGUAUAACUUAAUCUAACAAUAAGCAGAUGGGAGUACCAAGCUUUCUGAUUGAUCUAUAUUCUACUAUUAUAUAAGUUUAUAUAGCCUUACGUGACAACAGGAUAGUCAGUUAUUUUUUAUAUACUUAAUACCUGGUUAAAUGUGACCGGCCACAUAUAUAUGUAUAUUUGUAUUGAUAUACAUAAAAAAAAACAUUUUACAUUUUAUUGAUAUUCAUAUUGUAUUAUUUUGUUUGUUAGUAUUUGUUUAUUUAAUAAACAUAUACUAUAAUUGUUAUGAGAUGAUUUGAAAUACUUUGCAUAUUUUUGCUGUGGUGUUAACUUGUAAAACACCCAAAUUUAUUUAUAAACAUGACAUUUUAAUAUUAUAUUGUUUCUAACAAAAAAGUGCUUGUCUAGACCUGAUAAAUAAUUGUUAGUUCCUUGGUUGUUUUGUUUUUUUUCAGUUAACACUAAACAAGAGCUUAGUGUGCAUUGUUAUUUGAUAAAUUAAAUAACAUUUCCUGCUUAUGACACUGAUAAAUGAAAACAUGUUUUUAUCAUUCAAUCAUACAUGCACAUUUAUUUAAAGGUCUUGACCUCUUUGAGUUGGGUUAGAAUUAAAAAGGUUGACUUUAUCAUUUUGGAGAUCUUUGCUGUUUUAAAAAAAAAAAAAAAAACCCAC